CCAUUCGUCUGAAGUAUUGCAGACUCGCAGUCGCCACGGGAUUCAAUCAUGAAUCUGGCCAUCCACCUCCGUCCUUCAAUUUACUGCCCACAAACACAGUGGAAGCCUUCCACUAUCAGACCCAAAACGCCCACGAUCUCUACAGUGACGAAGCUCUCGAAAUUCCCUUCCAUUAAAUCCGUGCAUGGACGCCAUGAUUGUCCUCCCCCUGCUCCCACAGAGAAACCCAGAUGGGAAUCCAUGCUUGGAACUGCCGCAAGCUUGUAUCCUCUCUAUGUGACCAUAGGAGGGAUAGUCGCAUGUGUUAAACCAGCUGCUUUCUCAUGGUUUGUGAAGAGAGGCCCUACUUCAUACAGCUUGUCUCUUGGGUUCAUUAUGCUGGCAAUGGGUCUCACAUUGGAGCUCAGGGACUUGUUCAGUUUGCUGAUGAAAAGGCCUUUCUCUAUACUCUUUGGAUGUGUUGCUCAGUAUACAAUUAUGCCAGCUUUUGGAUUGAUUAUUAGCAAACUACUUGGGCUUCCACCAUCUCUUUCAGUUGGUUUGAUAUUGCUUUCUUGUUGCCCUGGGGGAACUGCAUCCAAUGUGGUAACAUUAAUUGCUCAAGGGGAUGUACCAUUAUCCAUUGUAAUGACUGUAUGCACCACUCUAGGGGCAGUUAUUCUUACUCCAGUCUUGACAAAGAUUCUUGCUGGGGCUUAUGUUCCUGUUGAUGCUGCCAAACUUUCCAUCAGCACCCUUCAGGUGGUUGUUGCUCCAAUUCUGCUGGGUUCUUAUAUGCAGAGUACAUUUCCAGCUGCUGUAAAGGUUGUUACACCUUUUGCACCACUUUUUGCUGUUUUAUCUUCAUCACUGCUUGCUUGCAGUGUAUUCUCAGAAAAUGUUGUUCGCCUGAAAGCAUCAAUAGUUGGUGCAUCAGUGGCUUCUGAUCAAUCCCCAAUUUUUCGUUUUCAACAAAUGUUAUCUGGAGAUUUUGGAAUUAUAAUAUUGUCUGUGCUGUUGUUGCAUUUCACAGGUUUCUUUGUGGGGUAUCUAUCGGCAGCUAUUUGUGGGUUUAGAGAAUCACAACGGCGAGCAAUUUCAAUUGAGGUUGGGAUGCAAAAUUCUUCACUGGGCGUGGUUUUAGCAACCUCCCAUUUCACUUCUCCUCUGGUAGCGUUGCCCCCUGCUAUGUCAGCCGUAAUAAUGAAUAUCAUGGGUAGCACUCUGGGGUUCAUAUGGAGAUAUGUUGAUCCUUCUGAUUCCAAGAAGGGUUUUGAAGUUGAUGAGAAGUGAUAAGUAAACACGCUGUUGACUCAAUUUUUCUUCUCGCUCUUCUCUUUCUCUAAUUUAUGUUCUUUUAUUCGUUCUAUCAAUCUCAAAUUUCAUUAAUCUAAGCCACUCCAUCUUGUUAAAUACA